GAUAUUAUACUCACCAAUCAAAUAAACCAAGAAAAAGAAUUCAAAAGAAAGAAAACAAAAAUGGCAAGAAGCAUGAAGUUAGCAUGUGUUGCUUUGGUGAUGUGCAUGGUAGCUAUUGCGCCUAUGGCUGAAGCUGCAGUCUCAUGUGGAACUGUAACCGGUGAUCUUGGUCCAUGCCUUACUUAUCUUGAAGGUGGUGCUGGACCUUCAGUACCAUGCUGUGCAGGAGUGAAGAAGCUUCUUGCUGCCGCCGCCACCACGGCGGAUCGUCAGGCUGCCUGUAACUGCUUGAAAUCAGCUGCCGGUUCUAUUAAUAAUUUGAAUACUAACAAUGCUGCUGCUCUCCCAGGCAAAUGUGGUGUCAACAUUCCUUACAAGAUCAGUACCUCCACCAACUGUAAUACCAUUAAGUUUUGAAGAUGAUGGUGCGGUUUCAAGAUUAUCAUAUGGAAACUUCUCAUAGUACUAUAUGAGAGUGCCAUUUAGUACAAUUAUUAAGAAUAAUAUAUAAUGAGAGUGAUACAGGCUCAUCUUAUAUGUGGUCCUACCUAUCCUCUUGUUGUACUGGACUAUUUUGGAUUCUCUCUAAGUUCUUGUGUCGUUGUAUCAAUCUACAUGUAAUCAAAUCUUAUUGUUGGGUUUCAUUUCUUUGUUAA